UACCGCUUUACGUCGGGUUCAUCAUAUCAUCAGUGUGUGUACUGUGUGUGCGUUUCUUAGGUCAGAGUGGUAAAUAUGGCGUCUACAGCUGCAAGAGCAAUCUCUUUGGAUCCAGAUUCCAAAAUCAAUCCAGAUAUCCAGAAAGAGCGUGACACUGCCACAUUUAACACCCUAGAACUCACGUAUGUACUCGAUGGGGGCAGAGAAAUUACUGAAAGAAGGCGAUACGUGGAGUCCCUGGCCUUCAAUGAUCCUGAUUUCAAUUGCAAGGAUGUGGCUUUCAUGACGAGGGAGGAGGCAUACACUAACAGCAUUCGGAUUGCCAUCCUGUGCAUCAAGAAACUCAAAGCACUAGAUAUCCAUGACAUCAAGGAGCAAAUGUGGUAUCGUAGUGCGUCCGCACGAGGUAACAUUCCCUCAAUGCUAUUGCACGAGUCAAUGUUCAUGCACAGUGUGUUCACACAGACGUCAGAAGCUCAGAUGGUGCAAUGGACGAGCGCAGCGCAGGAACACACCAUACUUGGCACGUAUGCUCAAACUGAGAUGGGACACGGAACGUUUCUACGUGGGCUGGAGACCACAGCGACCUAUGACCCCACCACAGAGGAGUUUGUGCUGCACAGUCCAACUCUGACAUCCAUGAAAUGGUGGCCUGGAAACUUGGGCAAAUCAGUGACACACGCUGUGGUUGCUGCACAACUCUACACAAAGGGCAAAUGCCAUGGGGUUCACAUGUUUAUGGUGCCUCUACGGAGCCUGGAAGACCACAUGCCACUACCAGGUAUUGAAUUGGGUGACAUUGGACCCAAGAUGGGCUAUAAAAGCAUUGAUAACGGCUUCCUACGCUUCACACAUGCACGCAUCCCAAGAGAGAACAUGCUCAUGAAGUAUGCACAGGUUGAACCAGAAGGUACCUACGUUGCCCCACCAGCAGCCAAGCUUUCCUAUGGCAGUAUGAUACUAAUCCGCAGUUUGAUUGUUGGUGGUAUGGGUCGUACCUUAGCUCAGGCAUCAACCAUUGCUAUUCGCUACAGUGCCAUCAGGCGACAGUCAGAACUCAUUCCAGGUGCGGGUGAACCUCAGGUGAUAGAUUACCAGAGCCAACAGCUGAAGCUUUUUCCAUAUCUGGCCAUGGCAUUUGCCUUCACAUUCUCAGGUAAACAAAUGCAGCAGAUGUUUGCACAGAGCCUUGAUGCAGUCAGCGGUGGUAACUUCAAUGUCCUCCCUGAGCUUCAUGCCACAGCUGCAGGGCUGAAGGCUUUCACAUCCAGUGCAGCCACUGCUGGAGUAGAGCUUCUUAGGAUGGCAUGCGGCGGGCAUGGGUACUCACAAGCCAGCGGGUUCCCCUUGCUGUAUGCCAACGAAGCCCCUGCUUGCACCUACGAGGGCGAGAACACAGUCAUGCUUUUGCAGACGGCUAGGUUUCUGAUGAAGUGUGUCGGCGCACUGAAAUCCGGCAACCCUGCACAAGGCGUCAUGUCGUACCUGGCAGUGCCCCCUCAAGCUCACUGCUCAGCCAGCUCGGAGGCUGAUUUCCUCAACCCAAAGGUACUUCUGGAUGCCUACCGUCACAAGGCUCAAAGGAUCAUCAUGCAGACAGCGGAGAAUCUUGCUAAUACUGAGAAGUCUGGUGUGGCUAAACCUCUAGCCUGGAACCAGAAUCAUCUGUACCUGAUAAGAGCCGCAAAUGCCCACUGUCAUCUCUCUGUUGUUCAGACCUUUUACUCUGCCCUAGAGAGCAUGGAUGCCCCUCCAGCCGUUAGGAAAGCCAUGAUGACUAUGUUCCAUGUAUACGCCAUCCAUGGAAUCAGUGAAAACAGAGGAGACUUCUUGCAGGAUGGUUACUUGACUGGUCAGCAGUUGGAUCUAAUCGAUUGUCAGUUGAUCCGCCUUUUGGUUGAGGUGCGCCCCAACGCCGUAGCGCUGGUUGACUCCUUUGACUUCCAUGAUAAACACAUGGCUUCUGUCAUGGGGCGGUACGAUGGCAAUGUCUAUGAGAACAUGUACAAGUGGGCCAAGUCUGCCCCAAUGAACCAGCAAGAGGUCAAAGAUGCGUACCACUUAUACAUCCAACCAUUCCUCAAGGAGAACAUUGCUCAAGCUAAACUGUAGAGGGAGCCCCACAUGAGACGAAUGUUUAUGCAAGCCUCUUCAUUACUAGAGUGGUCCGAACCAAUGUAUGCAAUGACAACACAGAGGAUGGUCUGUUAUUAUAAAGGCCUGGUGCAUGGAGCUUGGUGAUUGAACUUUGCUGAAUGUAGGGGUCAGGGCGGGGGGGAGAUCUACGAGACAUUCAAAGACUUUUGUGCAAGACCAGAAUCAGUAUGAGAAAAAACAAUGUUUUAAAACUUAAAAGUUGUUUUUUGACUACCUCCACAAGAUUUGUGUCAUUUGUCCUUAAAUGGAUAAGAACAAUUUGAUGCUCAUCAGAAAUUAAAGUCAACGUUUGAGGAUAUGACACCAUGAGGCAAUAACUAUGAUUUAUUUUAAACCUAUCAGACCGGCAGAAUUUAGUUUUCUGGGGUGGAUUUCACAAAGAAUUAGGACUAGUCUUAUCUCGAGUUCGGAGGAGUUACUCGUCCUUACUUUGGACUAGCCUGAACGUUUUUAAUAACUCGCAAAGAGUCCUAGGACUAGUUCUAAGUUAGGACUAUUUGUGAAAUUGACACCUGGACAAUGCUAAAAUCACUGCCUUCAGGCUUGCGGUCAAGUGUUAAUUUCAAGCCCUGGUUAAAUGAAUUUUGUAAAGCAGUGUGUUCAUGGUGAUCAUGUAUUAGUUGCUCACUUAAAAUCUUGACUGAGAUUUUGCUAUGUAAAUCAAUAAUGAUUUGAUAACUAAUAUAUUAAAAUACUACUAUAAUUGUUAAUGUGUAAACAACUAUCUCACUUUUUGUUCUAGUCUAAAAUCACUUUACAACUUUUCUAUUUCUUUGGGUUGCCAAAGCUGUCAUAAAAUAAUUCAAGAUUUAAUAAUAUCUCAUACAUUUACUAUAGAAUUAAAAAAUGCAUUUUAGAAAGUGUCACAAUGUAUCUGCUUAAAAUAGAUGGGAUGUACACAAAAGCGCAGAAGGUGCAGGGGUACAGCAAUUUUGUGUGGAGUGUUUUUGCGGCUGAGAUGCGAAGGUGUUGCACAAUUAUUGUGACGGUUUAUCAGAACGGUACUCCCCCGUUAUGUUUCAGGCUCUACUCUCCUUGCAUGUCUAAGAUGUGUUCGAAAAGCAUUCAUAGAUGGCCUGGGCCCCUGUCUUUAUCCGCAAGAAUAAAGACAGGUACCUGCUACUCAAAUCCAGUGAUUCAAUUGGAUACAAUGAUACCGUUGGAUAAAUGCACUAAAAUGCACUAAAUAAAUGACUAAAAGCUACCGUAGCUGGGUUCGUUUUGAUUGGUCUGAGGUCACCUCGGACCCAAUCAAAACACAUGAAAAGCUUACUUUCAGUUGUCUGCAUGCUGUGGCCACAUACGUGCGUAUUGUGUACAAUUAAUGUGCAUGUACUUGCAUGUAAUGUCGGUGUAGAAUUUGACUGCGUGUAUCUAUGUGAAAUGAAUGUAGGUCAAAGGUGAAUGUAUACUCCGGUACACGCUGGUUUGGAGGCCGGUCUCUGGCGUUAUUUAUGAGCCUCGAAGUGUGACGUCAGAUGUUCAAGCUAAUGAUAUGAUUGGGCUGAUCAUUAUCAUCAAUGAGACACAAGGGGGCAGCAGACUUACUGUUGGUUUUUCCAUUUAACAAAAUAAGAUGUGUUCGAAAAGCAGUCAUAGAGGGCAGUAUUCAAAGCUCAUGACAUGAUUGCGCUGACUGAUUAUUAUCAACAAUGAGACGCAAGGGGGCAGCAGACUCACUGGUGCUUUUUCCAUUUAAAAAAGUGUUUUAAAUUCAGAGGUAAUGAGUGAAACUAGGAAGUCCAAAUUUUAAAAUAAUAUGAUGACAAAUUAAAGACAGUGGACACUAUUGGUAAUUGUCAAAGACCAGUCUU